GAAGUCACCGGGCAAGGCGUAGUGGUUGAGGCUUGCGACGCACCGGUAUCCGGAAGCGAAGUAAUGGGGCACGGGGUCGUCGCUGAGGCGUGCGAAGCGCCCACGUCCGUGUCGGGGAGCGAAGUGACCGGGCAAGGAGUGGUGGCCUCCGUGUCGGGCAACGACGUUACGGGGCACGGGGUCGUCGCAUUCGUGUCCGGCAAGCUCGUCACCGGGCAUGGCGUAGUCGCAUUCGCGUCCGGCAAGCUCGUCACCGGGCAUGGCGUAGUCGCAUUCGUGUCCGGCAAGCUCGUCACCGGGCAUGGCGUAGUCGCGUUCGUGUCCGGCAAGCUCGUCACGGGGCAAGGCGUGGUUGCGUUCGUGUCCGGCAGUGAGGUGACGGGGCACGGGGUGGCGGCGCUGCCCGAGCAGCCCACGGACGGGAAGACGCAGCCCCAGGUGUUGCCGUUCACGAUGGUGCACUGGGCGUCCUCCUUGGCCGCGCACUGGGCGCCGUUGAACGACGGCAGGUACGAGUGGCAGUCGGCCGUGGCCACGUCGCCCUUGAGCGGGCAGGCCGUGCCGGCGGGGGCGUCGCCGGCGCCGGAGCAAAUGGCGCCGCGCGAGGCCGCGAUCGUGUAG